AUAGAGUUGAGAUUUUGAUAUAUACCUACUGGAGAAAAUAUAACAAGUUCCAUGUUCAUGAGACUUUAAACUUUCUAAAACUAUACAAUUAUUGAGAACUAUAUGUUGAUUUUUGAUAUCUUAUAAGGGAUUAUUUUUAGUGCUGUACAAAGAAAAAAGAAUUUGUGAAUUAUUCAAGGUAGAUUUAAGACUACAAAAUCAACUUAACUACUAUUUCUUAGACUUAGAUGAUUUUUUUUAUAUCUUGACCAGAAUUCAAACUAAAAUAUGAAUGUUGCAUUUACCUGUAAGCGUGGAAAACACAAAUUUAAACAAUUUUUCUUGUUUGAUUAUUUCAAAUAAGUACUUUGCUUCAAUAGAAACCAAAUUGUAUAGAAAUUCAGUAAGUCUAUAUGACAAAACAUCAACUAUAGACAAACAGACGCUAUUUUUAGCAUGGUGGCUUAUUUGUAUGGAAAUUUUAUCUUAUCAAUAAUCACACACUAUUAUACUGAUCUCCAUAUGGAGAUUAGAGUGCUUUUAUCAAGAUUGAGGAGAAAAACAUAUUUGAAAUCAAACUAAUUCCAAGUCCCUGGUAAAUGAUCUUUUCCCUUUAUUAAAGCAUCAUUUACGAUUCGGCAGCAGCUUUCAGUCGACGAAGUGAGUUCACUUGUCAGAUGUAUUCUAACCUAAGAAAAAAGCUUCUUUUGUUGAAGUUUAUCUGUGGAUGACUUGUGAAAAACUACAUUGAAAAUUAUUGAAUUUUAAAGAGAAAAAUGGGUCAAAGCCAAUCGGGCGGAAACGCUGGAGACAAGAAAGAAGAAAAAGACAAAAAGAAAAAGUACGAGCCCCCAAUUCCUACCCGAGUAGGUAAAAAGAAGCGCCGUACUAAGGGUCCCGAUACAGCCCUCAAGCUACCAGCAGUCACCCCUCAUACCAGAUGCCGUUUGAAACUCCUAAAAAUGGAAAGAAUCAAAGACUACCUUUUGAUGGAAGAGGAAUUUAUUCGCAACCAAGAAAGACUGAAGCCCCAGGAAGAGAAAAACGAAGAGGAGCGUUCCAAGGUUGACGACUUGAGAGGGACCCCAAUGUCAGUUGGAAACCUUGAGGAAAUCAUCGAUGAUAAUCAUGCCAUUGUCUCAACGUCUGUGGGUAGUGAGCAUUAUGUGAGCAUUUUGUCUUUUGUGGAUAAAGAUCAGCUUGAACCAGGGUGCUCGGUGUUGCUCAACCACAAAGUGCAUGCAGUUGUUGGAGUUUUAGGUGACGAUACUGACCCAAUGGUGACUGUAAUGAAACUCGAAAAAGCACCGCAAGAAACCUACGCAGAUAUUGGCGGUCUGGAUACUCAAAUUCAAGAAAUCAAAGAAUCAGUCGAGCUCCCUUUGACUCAUCCCGAAUAUUACGAGGAAAUGGGCAUUAAACCACCAAAAGGGGUAAUCCUUUACGGCCCACCUGGAACAGGCAAAACUCUUCUAGCCAAAGCAGUUGCCAAUCAAACUUCUGCCACCUUUUUAAGAGUUGUCGGUUCUGAGUUGAUCCAGAAAUAUUUAGGUGAUGGUCCCAAGCUAGUGCGAGAAUUGUUUAGAGUUGCUGAAGAACACGCACCUUCUAUAGUAUUCAUUGAUGAAAUUGAUGCAGUUGGAACAAAACGUUACGAUUCAAAUUCUGGUGGCGAAAGGGAAAUUCAAAGAACCAUGUUGGAACUUUUGAAUCAGCUUGACGGUUUCGAUUCAAGAGGCGAUGUCAAGGUGAUAAUGGCCACAAAUCGUAUUGAAACUUUGGAUCCUGCCUUGAUUCGUCCAGGUCGUAUCGAUAGGAAAAUCGAAUUUCCUUUGCCAGAUGAGAAAACCAAAAGACGCAUUUUCAACAUUCACACUUCAAGAAUGACUUUGGCUGAAGAUGUCAAUCUGCAAGAACUUAUUAUGGCUAAAGAUGAUCUGUCUGGGGCUGAUAUUAAGGCUAUUUGUACUGAAGCUGGUCUCAUGGCUCUCAGAGAACGCAGAAUGAAGGUGAUGAAUGAGGACUUUAAAAAGUCUAAGGAAAGUGUGUUGUAUCGCAAGAAGGAAGGCACCCCUGAGGGACUUUAUUUGUAGAACUAUAUUGAUUGAUUAUAGUCGUUAAAUAAUUUUUCUUUUUGUAAUUUUGUCAAUGUACUACAAUAUAUAAUGAUUAAUUGAUGGAUUAUUGUUAUUUCGUUUGUGUAGGGUUCAG